AUGGGUACCCCGGGCCAGCAACCGCCGGCAAAGCCAUCUGAAGGAUCUCAGUCUGCGUCUCAACAAGAAGAUCCAUUGGUGGCAGACAUCCUUCACGACUGCAACAUCACCAUAGGACUGGAGAGCGAGGUGUCGCGCUGGAAGGAGAUGAAUAACAAGACGCAGGAGGCGUUGAAGGAUCUGGCGGUGGCGGACUCGUUUACGAAGAAAGUAUGCGAGGGCCAAGGGUAUAACGACCAAGAGUGCGUUGUGCCCUUGGCCCUGCUCCGAGCGAUAUGGUCCUUUCACAAGAUAAGGGUCCUCGAGCUCGUGCAGGAAGAGCUCGCCGUCGCCGGCCGUAUCGCGAGGCCCCUCCUUGAGUGCAAGAUUCUCUUCAGGCGCGACAACGUCUUGGAUGUGGUAGCGGCACUGAACCGCAAUGACGGGCUCAUCCCCAAGGUUCUUCAUAUCAUUACCGUCAUAAGCGAUUGUCAGGACCUGCUUAACUCCGCGAGGGAGACCACUCACAUGUACAACCACGUCCUUGUGAACUGUCCCUGA